AGGGGAAACAAACCGGUGCGUCAAGUUCCACCAGGCGGAAGGAGGAACCGAAGCGGUUUGCUUCAAAGAAUCGUCUGCUGCGGUGUUCAUGCUGUCAUAGCACGUUUACCGCAAUUUUCCACACACACACACACAAAGCAACCGCUACUGUUGAGUCUCACACUGCCGUGCCAUGUCUAUUGAUGGCCGUCUCAUCGCCGAUGUGCAGCGCCUUCGCCGGAUCAACGGCGUACCGCUUUUCUUCCUCGUGUCCGGGAGCAAAGGGUCUGGCAAAAGUACCUCGCUGAAGGCCUUCGCUGAUGGCCUCGCAGCCUCGAGUGCUGUUGAAGAAUGCGACAGCGUUUCGGCGCUGCUGCGACGCGCGAGUGACGGAGAGGAUGGCGGAGAGGCGUUCACGGUGUGCCGUCUAACAUACCUUAUGAUGGCAGAAGGGGUCUUCCAAGCAUCCAAAUCGCUCGCCUCUGCGCAGCAACUCCGUCCAUUCACGGUGCUGGUGGUCGAUGACGUCGAUAUUCUCUGGAUGCUCUGCAGCGCCAAUCGCAUCUUGGGUCACCUUCAGCGUCUUUUGGACUUGGGCCUUUCCAGUCCUUCGUGCGCAGUGGUGGCGAGCGCUCUCAGCCUUGACGCCGUGCCGUCGUGGCUGCUGGGGCGGAAGCUGCCCGUUGUACACCCACUGAGGGAGCUGACCGAGGCGGGCAUGCGCCGACUGCUUCGGACGGUGCCGCAGCCUCUCUUUAAAACGUACGGGGAAACCGUUCUCAGCAUGCAGACGCUCUCCACCUCCCGCACCAUGCUCCUCUUUAACGCCUGCAUGACGCUCCACAGUGCGACGAAGGGGGCAGCGCCAAAAGAGUUGAGCGCUCUGGCGAAAGAGAACAGUGCGUUCCUGCACCAUCGGUGGCCACCGACGGAAAACACGCAGGGGCCUUCGCGCCAUCUCUACGGUCUUCAUGAUGUUCGACAUCGCAUGCACACGCUUCUCUCCGUCUUUGUGGCGCACAACAGCGCUGACAGCGGAGGGAAGCUGAUGUCGGCGCUUCCUUCCUCCACUGGCGUGUUGUUGCACGGCCCGUCCGGUUGUGGCAAGUCGAGCCUGGCGCAACAGCUGGCGGCUGACUUCCCCGCCGUCCCCUUCUUCUUCGUGGAGUGCACGAUGCUCUUCUCGAAGUACCUCGGUGAGAGCGAGGAGCAGCUGCGAGAGGUGUACCGCCGUGCCCGCACACGUGCACCGGCGGUGGUGAUUCUGGAAGACAUCGACGUGAUUGCGCAGUCGCGCGGGGCUCUGACGCGCGCAGAUGGCGGCAGCGGUGGCGGCGGCAGUGCCGGCAAUUUGGACGUUACGAAGCGUAUGCUGGCUGGUCUGCUCUGCGAGUUGGACGGCGUCACGGACAACAGCGGCGUGCUGACGAUCGGCGUGACGAACGCGCCACGGGUGCUGGACGCGGCGGUGCUGCGACAGGGUCGUCUGGAGACAAUUCUGUACGUUCCACCGCUGACGCACGUUGGCGCUGCGGAGAUGUGCCGUGAGUUUUUUCAGCAAUUUGACGGCAGUGAGGCGAUGCGAACGCAGUGCAGCGAAGUGGUCGCCUCGCAGGCUGUUGGCUGCUCCGCUGCUGCUCUCCAGUACGUCCUUCGGAAAGUGUUCGAGCAGGCGGUACAGCAGAACGGUUGGGCACGCGCAGAAAGGAGCUGCGAGGGUGGUCUGCCGCUGCCGCGCCCCGACGAUCUGCACGGCCUUCUUUUGGAGCACUGUGCUGUGCUGACCCACGUGCAUCCCUCACCCUUCGAGUAA